AUGACUACAUUCAAAGGCAGCCAGCUCGACCUGGCCGAAUGCCUAACAAUGUUUCAGGAUUGCCCUCAUAUGAGGGAAUGUCAUUUUUCCCUUGCUAUAGAGGACCACGAACCUAUGCAAGCGCCCCUUUUGCCAGGUCUCACCCACAAAUGUCUGGAGUGGCUAGAAAUUAGAAGGGCAAAGAAUGCAAACCUCAGUGUUCUUAAUCUCUGCACUUUCCCCUCUUUACGCCGCCUCUGA